AUGGUUAAAUGUAACUCUUGCAAUAACAACCUUCAAUCAGAAGCUUUCCUAAAAACUUAUAAAACAUGUGCAGCAUGCCUUAUUUCUAGAGCAGAAAAAAGAAUCGCAAAAAAAAAUUUGGAUAAUAGCACUGCUACAACUACUACUAUAGAAUCAAUUGCACUACAAACUUUUAGUGAUUAUGUAGCUAAAUUGAUUUCUAAUACCGAAAAUAAUAAUGAAAUUUCAGUUGAAACACAUUUGGAUCUCCAUGAUGAUAUUUUUUCAAUAGCGACAUUUGAUGAUCCUAAAACAAUAGUAAGAAUAAUUAUUGACAAAAUCGAAGAAGGAGAUGAUUUUAGUUCGCAAGCACAAUCUAGUAUAGCUUUUAGUGCUGAUGGAGAUAGUGAAAUGGUUGACCCCGAGAUUUAUCAGCAAUGUAAAUCCAAAGUGGCUGAAUUAGG